CCUCGGGAUCGCCCUCCGCAGCGAUGGACGGAGACGGGGACCCAGAGAGCAUGGGCCAGCCCGAGGAGGCGAGCUCGGAUGAGCAGCAGGAGGAGGGGUGCGUGUGCGUCCCGGAGGCGAGCGGCGGGGAGGAGGAGGAGACGGCGUACCUGGACGAGCUGCCCGAGCCGCUGCUGCUGCGCGUGCUGGCCGAGCUGCCGGCCGCCGAGCUGGUGCAGGCCUGCCGCCUGGUGUGCCUGCGCUGGAAGGAGCUGGUGGACGGCGCCCCCCUGUGGCUGCUCAAGUGCCAGCAGGAGGGGCUGGUGCCGGAGGGCGGCUCGGAGGACGAGCGUGACCACUGGCAGCAGUUCUACUUCCUGAGCAAGAGGCGGCGCAACUUGCUGCGAAACCCGUGCGGGGAAGAGGACUUGGAGGGCUGGUGCGACGUGGAGCACGGCGGGGACGGCUGGAGGGUGGAGGAGCUGCCCGGAGACUGUGGGAUGGAAUUCGUCCACGACGAGAGCGUCAAGAAGUUCUUCGCCUCCUCCUUCGAGUGGUGUCGCAAAGCGCAGGUCAUUGACCUGCAGGCUGAGGGCUACUGGGAGGAGCUGCUGGACACCACUCAGCCGGCCAUUGUGGUCAAGGACUGGUGAGCCGC